AUGGCGGGGAAGAAGGCGGUGCAAAAGAGCGCCGCCAAGGCCACGGGCGCCAAGGCCCCGGGCAAGCAGGAAGGCAUCCUGGUGAAGCAGGAACCCAAUGCAACGUCAGCUCCUUCCGGAAAGGUCCGGCACGUGAGAAGAUUCGGUCUGCCCUGUACCGAGACAGCCGUGUUCCAGACGGACGAGAGAGGCGUCCCCAUCUCCGAUGGCGACAUCCUGUGCAUGAAUACCGUCCGCCGCCUGUUCCCGCACCUGACCAUGAAAGAGGCAGGAGCCCUGAUUAACUCGCCCCCUGCCGACGAUCCGAACCUCAAGAAGAACUUCAUGCGAGCGCGCGAGGCCGUGAAGAUCGAGAUGGAAAACCAGCUCUUGCCCACCUUCACCCCAUCUUCCAGCGUCACCGCAGUCAACAUGUUUGGGCACGAGAUCUACGAGAAGUGUGCCCUCAUGACUGCAGAGCAGGUCGCGAAGACUUUCGGGAAGAGCCCGCAGCAACUUGGUAUGGAGGUAUUCAGCACUCCCAACUUGAGUGCCAGCCAGGAGCACAACUACUACCCGAUCAGCCUUGAUGGUUUGCCUGAGGGCCUGCGCGGCCUUCGCCGCUGCAAGGUUUAUUUCUCGAGGCAUUGUUCGCACGCGGAGAAUUGGCUGACCCCAGAGACGCAACUCAUCAGGGGUCAAGGCGUGAAUGUUUUCGACUAUGUCUUCAACAGCAAGUACAGCAACACGAGGCCAGCCAAAGUCGCGACGCAGAAUGUGCAGACGUUCAGCCACUGGGAGGAGGUGGCCCAGAAACUCGAGAACGCCAUGGCUUCGGCUCUGGCGCAGGCCAAGGAACAGCGCUCAGGCCUCGAGGCUGCUGAGGUCCCCGUGGACGAGGAGGCGGUCCAGCAGAGCCGGCAGGCCAUGGAAGCUAUGGAGGGUUUCGGUGACGGGUUUGAGUUGGAGGCGGCUGCCAAAAGGAAACGCCGCAAGCUUGACAGCAAAGCUGCGGCCGCUGCGGCCACGGCGCAGGCAGCAGCCGGCUCGAACAGUCGAGGUGGCAGCAAGCUGCCACCUCAGAUGCCAACACCCGUUGCGGCCAUCACCGACGAGGAUGCUGACAUGAAAUCAGUGUCCCAACGCAGUGGAACGAAGAAGGACCAGGAGCAGGAGGCCUUGCUCCGGUCGCUGGACCCCGACAUGAGGAAGGUCGCCCUCGCCCACUUGUCUGGCAAGGUUACGUCCAGCGCCAAGAGUUUGAUCCACCUGAAUGUGAAGACCUUCUUGGACAAGGACGGCCCCCACCUGAAGGCCCACACCUUGCCUUCGGUGCCUGGGCCAGGGUGGCUGGCUGACGACAACGUGAUAGCAAAGCUGCUAGUGACGCCAGUGACAAGUGAACUGUGUGAGAAGUGCUUUAAGUGUCUGCUGUUUCCAGGAUCGACUGUAGCCGCACUAGUGUGGGUGUUUGCGCAGCGCAUCUUGGACGGGCUCAAUCAGUCCAGGCCAGACAGUGAUGAGUUCGAGAAGCUAGCUGUGCGUGUAAAGGAGUGCAAAGCGGCACACGCGGUGGUGAAUUGCAACGACCUCGGCACCUUGCCGACGGGUGAGUUGCGGGACUGCAUCGCAACAUUGGAGCCGUACUGGGCCGAGAUGCCUGCAGUACUCCAGGUGGAUGUGAACAAUGCCAUCACCAAAGGCCUGCUUUCUGACUUGCAGGAGAUGCAGCCGAAAGACACCGCAGUCGGCGAAGCAGGCGUGGAUCUUGCCGAGAAGAUUGUCUUGUCGCAGAUUCCACGAAAGGAUCCCGGGCAGUGGUCUGGCGAAACCUUCCUGCAAGGUGCCAUAAUGGAGUCGUGUGUCUCUCAGGUGGAGUCGCUUCUGCAGGAGAUUGCAAGUGGCUUCGCUGGGCCGAGUGCUUCCGAGGAGUUGGAAGGGCUUGCAAAGAAGUCAACCACAGUGCUGCAGGCGACUGGCGAGGCAAUGGUCGCAGUCCUCAAUGGUGAUGCCUUCCGCAAGAUGUUUAGGAGCCCGGAGGUCUACAAGACGAACCUGCAGCUCCUCGCAACUGCGUACCUCAAGCACAUGGCCUCAGCUCGAGCGAUAGUUGAUGCGUGGAAGGACCGAGACAGCGACGACCUUCUGCAGCCUGGCUUCGAUACACUGCUGCAGUGCUUGGAGAGGGUGGAGAAAGUCAUGCGGUUCGUGAGCCAUGUGUGGUCUUUCAAGGGCCCUUGGGAGACUAGCUCCAAAGACGUGGUCGACUUGCUGAACAGCAAGGGCGAUAAUUGGGAGCGCAGUCUGGCCAACAUUGCUAGCAAAGAGCCGGCCUGGAAGGCAGCCAUUGAUGACGUUGUGCGUACGGCAACAACCUCCCGCACGUUGGAACCGCUCAAGCAGCGUGUCAAAGCAACGUUGGAGGAAAGCAAGCUCACCUACGGCUCCAUGAACACCGUGCUGGAUGAGUUCGAGAAGUUGCAAGCGGGCGUGCGGUCAGCGGAUCUGGAAGAGAUCACCUCUCUGCUAAGCAAGAAGAUCUUGAAGAUCAGCCAGGGCAUCUUGAGUAAGGAGCCCGAGCAGCUCCUGUCUCUGAGCCUGAAGGAAGAGGAGCUCAGGACCCUGAUUCGCGGUCUUGAGAUCUUCCGCUUGCUGCCAGGCAUGCAGGACCAGUGUGAAGAGCUCAAGCGUUGGGCUACAGAGCACGGGCAGCUCUUGAUGAAGAAUGAUUUUUUGGCCUUCGCUGAGCUGAGCUCCAAGAAUGGUAUCGCGGACAUGGCAGCUUUCGAGUCCAUCUUGAAGCGUUGCGGUAGUGACAUGACACUUCCCAAGACGGUGGAGACAGGUGUUCGUGUCACUGGGCUUGCGGUGAGUGCUUUGGUUGGCUUGGUGGCAGAGGUGAAGGCCAACAAGGGUGCCCUUCAGCAGCUUCACAUCACUGGUCGUGUGGGUCUCAUCAAGAAGGUUUUGGCCUUGUACUACCCGCCGGAGCACACUUUGUGCGAGUGUGUUCAGUUGCACGCAGACGUGCUCAAGGCCGGGGUCGCCUUUUCCAAUGUCCUGAACAAGUUGCCGAACAGCCUGACCAACAAGCAUGCGGCGAAAGACAUGGGUGCAGAGAAGACGCGAACACUUCUCUUGUCCGUUCUGAGUCGCUGCGAUGCCUUGAACAAGUCCAUGAACAUUCUCGCAGAGCGGGUGAAACAAGAGGAAAGUGUGCGUGAAGCUGAAGCAGCAGCAUCUGGAGAUGGUGCUGCGGCUGCGGAAGCGGAGUUCUUGAACACGCACCAGGCCAGCAUGUGGGAUGUCAAUACCCGCGACUUCGUGGUGCCGCUGAUGACCGAUGAGAACCUGAUGGACUGUGUGGCAAGGGCCUGCGUCUACUUCAAGGACACGUUGUGCGGGCUCCGUGAGAAGCUUGAGAAAGGUCUGGGCGCCGCCAUGGGCGACAAGAGCUGGAGGCAUCAUUUUCAAGGAAGGGCCAUUGGCGACCUGAGCCUUGAGGAAAUCCUCCAAACGGCGUCCACCAGCCUCCUGACUGUGACUCUCAAGGGCAAUGCUUUAAGGACGGAGCUCGCCAACUGCAUCAAGGAGAUGGACCAGGCCACUACGUUCCAGGAUGCUGUGAGCACUGUGUCCUCGUGGGAGAGUGGUGUGGUUGAGGCCAUCGAGAGCUUGGGUGAGGAGAUCCAGAGCAGUCAGGCUGUGAUCAAGGAGAGCCAUGCCCUCUUCAACGAGAUGGUGUUCGUGCUUGCCUUGCAGAUGCCACGUGACAAGGCGGAAGAUGCUCAGACGAUUGUGAAUCAGCAGUGGGCAAAGCUUCUUGCCGAGACCGGAGGAUGUUCGAGCGACGACAUUUUCCCGCCGCUCGAGAAGUACGUCAGGGAGUUCAUGGCCGAGAACGUUCCCGCUCCCGCCCCCGAAACGUAG